AUGUUCUCACAGCAAUCACCUGCUCUGUUCUUGCUGAAAUUGUCAAUGGGACGAUUGAAUACUCCCGGUCUCCUAACUCUGCCCGUUACAGUUAUGGAACAGCAGCUAUUUAUCAGUGUAACCCCGGCUGUGGACUGUGGGACUCCUCCGUCUAUUACCAAUGGAUCUCGUGGGAUACCAACAACCACAACAUUCACAGGGACAGUGACCUACAGCUGUAAUGAUGGCUAUGCCCUCUUUGGAAGUACUACAAGUACUUGUCAGGCAAAUGCAGCCUGGAGCAGACCAUCAGAAUGCGGAGGUAUCACUAUUACUGGUAUUCAAUCUGGUGUUCCCAUCUUAAUUGGAGAUUCUGUUACCAUCACCUGCACCACUGACUAUCCUGCUGACUCAAUAAUGUUGCUCCAAGAGGACCAACCUCUUCAUGCAGCUCAACAGUCAUCAACCACCAUCUUGAUGUAUACUAUCCCUCUUGUGUCUGACAACAUUCAUCGAAACACCUUCAAAUGUGAAGCACUGCUAGCAGAAAGAACAGAUCCUUCAGACACUGCCUUUGAUAUGGUUACCAUUUCCAUUGAAUUUCCCCAACAACCUAUUACCGCUAUCAUUAGAACAUCUAGCCCAUCAAUUCCACAAGUUGGAGAGCCAUACAGUCGAAUUUGCACUGUGUCUAAAUUGCCUGGACUAACUCACACACCAACUGCACAAUGGCUCAAGAUUUCCAUGGGGACUGAAAGAAUUGGCAUGCCCACUCCUAAUGAAGCUGCUCUUGAGUUCUUUCCACUGAGAACCUCAGAUGCUGGUAGAUACAGUUGUCAGGGUAACCUCAAUACUACUGUUCGCUCUCAACCUCUUUUGACCAGUAGCGAUUUCAAUUUAAUUUCUCAAAUACCAGCACCAACAGUGACAAUCACAAGAUCUCCCUCUAGUUCAGCCUUGUUUGCUAACCUCAGUGUGGUAACAUUUACAUGUCAAGUGUCCAUACAUACAAACAUUAAUACUCCUGUCAAUCUGAGCUUGACUUGGACUCGUGAGGUUUAUAGUGAUGAAGAUGAGACAACCACUGAAGUGAUCAUAGUGAAUAGUACAACCAAAGUAAUUGAGAGAAGAUGGACCUUUAAUGAUUUAAGUUCAAAGGACCAGAGAGUGACUUGCAAUGGAUCAAUAAACUCUGCUAGCAGAUUUAUUCAAAGGACUAGCAGAAUGGCCGAAGACAAAUUAUCUGUUGCUGGUGUGUUUCUAAUGUUCAACGACAUUGCACUUGACGACAACACGACCUCUGUACCAGCGAGGGAUGUACGUGUCAUACAGUGUCACUCUGAUAAGACAGAUACAUUCGAUGAAUACCAACAUGGAUGGACUUUCCCUAAUGGCAGCAAAGUUAUGGAAACAGAUGCAAUGGCUAUUGCAACACGGGAGGAAGGACACCUAGCACUCACUCGACUAGGAAACACGUUCCUGCCAGGUGGAGAGUAUUGUUGCAAGGCUCAGGAUGCCAGGGGAACCAGCCACACCCUCUGUGUGCAUGUGGAGCAAAGUCGCUCAGUGUUGUUCCAGCUCAGACUCACUAACAUCAACCACUGUCCUGACUGGGUCGAGCAGCCAUACAGGGUAACAGCUGUCACUGAAGCACUGGUGUCUGAGAUCCAAGGCCAUUGUCAGUGUUCCUUUGCUCCUAGUGAUAUCCAAGAGCCAUCCUUCCAAUGCUUCCCAGAGUCAAACCAAGCUGUAACCUUCCAUGCCAUCACUACUUCCUCCUUCAUUGAUGGUAUAUCACGCUGGAUUGUGGACGAUGGUUUAUUGAGAGUACAGAUGGUUAUCAUACGAGUGGACAAUUCUUGUCAGGUGGAGAUCUCGAGCCUUGCGGACACAGAGUGCACCAACCAGCCAGUGAGCAAUGACGUAGCUGCAGUGAUUGGUGGAGUAAUAGGAGUGGUCAUUGUCCUUAUCAUUGUAGUUGGCAUUACUGUCAUUGUGAUUGCUCAUUUGGUGUUCAAAAGCAGGAGAGAGAAGCUAACCAUCAACAAAACAACAAAACCUGACCUACCACCAGUGUCGCUAAAGGGUGUGGUCAGUACUUGUGAGAUAGAGAUGAUGGAAAUGGAUCACGAAUACGAGGAAGUGUCCAAGUUCCAACGAGCCGUCGGUGGAGAGUAUGAGAUCAUUGGAGCACCCUCACAGACAACUGACUCCGAGAGCAAGGAUCCUAUAAAGACUGAGCCAUCACUGCCCACUACACCCGCUCCACCCACACCACAACCCUCACAAGCAACUAAAGUUGCCGGAAAUGAUAUUGAGUUUACAGAGUGCGUUGCUUACAGCACGACCACCCACAGUCGCCCCCCACAGCCUACAGGCUUAUGA